GAGACACACACACUGAGCUGACUGCUGCUUCGGCCUGGAGUUUCUCUGCUGGACUCCUGGAGGAUUUCCCAUCAUGAGCAGUAAGAUGAAGCACCUGGGCUCCCUGGUGAGGACGGCCGCUCUGGUCAGCAAGCACAUCGAGCACUUCUCCAGGUUCUCCCCCUCUCCUCUGUCCAUGAAGCAGUUCCUGGACUUCGGCUCCACCAGCGCCUGCGAGCGCACCUCCUUCGUCUUCCUCCGGCAGGAGCUGCCGGUCCGCCUGUCCAACAUCAUGAAGGAGAUCAGCCUGCUGCCGGACCGCCUGCUGGCCACGCCCUCCGUCCAGCUGGUGGAGACCUGGUACAUCCAGAGUCUGACGGAAAUCCUGGACUUCCUGGACAAGAACCCCGACGACCACCGAGUCCUGGAGACGUUCGUGGAGGUGCUGGAGGGCGUGAGGAACCGGCACAACGAGGUGGUUCCCACCAUGGCUCAGGGCGUCAUCGAGUACAAGGACGCCUUCGGCCGGCAGGACGCCGUCACCGACCACAACAUCCAGUACUUCAUGGACCGCUUCUACACCAGCCGCAUCUCCAUCCGCAUGCUCAUCAACCAGCACAGUCUGGUCUUCAACGGGAACUCGAACCCCGCCCACCCCUACACCAUCGGCUGCAUCGACUCCAAGUGCGACGUGACGGAGGUGGUGCGAGACGCCUAUGAGAGCGCCAAGCUGCUGUGUGAGCAGUACUACCUGGGAGCUCCCGAGCUGGAGCUGACGCAGAUGAACGCCAACAGCCUGAGAGAGCCCAUCCAGAUCUCCUACGUCCCGUCGCACCUCUACCACAUGCUGUUCGAGCUCUUCAAGAACGCCAUGAGAGCGACCAUCGAGACCCACGAGGCCAGCAGGACCCUGCCCCCGAUCCGGGUCCUGGUGGCCCUGGCUGAGGAGGACCUGUCCAUCAAGAUGAGUGACCGAGGCGGCGGCGUUCCCUUCAGGAAGAUGGAGCGUGUGUUCAGCUACAUGUACUCCACCGCGCCCCGGCCCUCCAUGGAGCACACACACCGAGCCCCACUGGCGGGCUUCGGCUACGGUCUGCCCAUCUCUCGCCUCUACGCCCGCUACUUCCAGGGAGACUUGCAGCUGUACUCCAUGGAGGGCUUUGGGACGGACGCCGUCAUCCACCUGAAGGCCCUGUCCACCGACUCCGUGGAGCGGCUGCCGGUCUUCAACAAGACGGCUCUGCGGCACUACAAGCUGAGUCUGGAGGCGGACGACUGGUGCGUCCCGUCCAGCGAGCCGCUGGAUCUGGCCGUCCAGCGCUCGGCCAAGUGAAGCCGAGCCGCUCCCGCCCGGCGGCGCCGCCGGCGGCGCCGAGCCCGGGACCAGACAUGGCGUUCCAGGAGGGGUGGAGGAAACGCUGCUCCGAACGGCUGGAGGACGGAACAAAUCCCAAAGAGUGUCUCUGAAGGCUCGCUGAUCCAGAGGGGAGGACCAGAACGGCACAGCAGCUCCAGAAGCCACUGCAGGAGGUUCUCCUGACUCCUCACUGAGACCAGCCCCUCCGGUCCCAGCCGAGCCUCGGAUCAAGAGGAAGGAACAAAACCUUCAUGCCGCACAAAGAUGACUUUACUUCACCUACAGUUAAGCUAAACAUGAGAGAAGUGAGGAAGGCACCAAGCUGUGAUUCCUGAUGGGCUGCAGUGAACUCGUCUGCAGAAGUCCUCCACCAGGGUACACAGAACUACGUUGUAGUAGUGUCAGACUCCAGUGCUGCAGGAAGGAACUCAGACGGCUGAAGAGUCCUGACGGGCCUGAUGCUGCAGGAAGAGGCCCAGUUUGACCCGGACGCUCUUCACUGGAGGCUCGAAGACGUGGGUCCACCGUCCAGACCUGCUGUCCAGUCUCUGAGCAGCAGAGUUUAACCAGGAGACUGCAGAUCAGAGAAGGUUCCAGAAAACCUUCAGACACAGCUCAGCUGUGACUAAAACUCCAAACAGACCUGCAGGCGUCCAGAGCUCUGGAUCGCCAUCUGAACGUCAGCUGCAGAAGACUGAGUGUAUGCACCGGCUGUGUGAGCCGGACUUCGUGUUACUGCCCGUACUGUUUGAUUCUGAUGGAUUUUGAAGUGUUCAUGUCAAAUUUUUAUAUUUUUUUAUUAAGAUACAUUAUGAAAAUUAAAUAAUCUCUGAAGAUACUCG